AUGGUUCGAUCAACUGCACAACCUCCGCCCGAGACGCUGCCUCUUGACUUGUCUAAGUAUCCCAAGCUAUCUCCCGCCCAAGUCGGCCACCUGCGUCACUUCCACAACCUCGCAUUCCAGCCUGAUGGAGAAUGGAGCAAGAUGGGUGCCCAGGAGCCUCUUCAGGAGUUCCUCGAUGCCUACCGGUACCAGCUGGCCACGAUGGCUUAUGCCACGGGAGUCGCUCACUACCACCGCUUACCUGCAGCGCGCUCCAUCUUCAAGCCACUGCUGCGCCAGCUGAUUCACAAGAUGCUCCGACGAGAGGUCUGGGCAUACUGGUUCGCGACUAGUCUCGGUGGCGUCCGCACCGAUCCCAGUCUGCAGAAACUGCGGGAGCCAUGGGCCGACCCUGUCGUGAGGGAGAACAUCAUGUACAGCGGUCAUCUUUUGCUGAUGACGAGUCUCUACGCCAUGCUCUUUGACGACGACGAGUUCGAGAAGCCCGAGUCCAUUGUGUUCAAGUGGGACCCCCUCUUCUAUGGCCUGGGCGACGAAACCUUUUCCUAUGACAACCGCAGCCUCCAGGCCGCCAUCACGAGGGAGAUGGAGAGAAACGGCUGGGUGGGCGUCUGCUGUGAGCCAAACGUAGUAUUUGUCGUGUGUAAUCAGUUCCCGAUCAUCGCCAUGAGAUACAACGACUCUCGAGACGGCACCAACAAAGUCGACGAGAUCCUCACCAAGUACAAAGCCGCGUGGGACAAGAAAGGCAUGGUCUCCGCGGACGGCCUCUUCGUCGACAUGUGGAUGGUCAAGCAGGAUUUCAUCGUCCCUCCUCAAGACAUUGGCUGGACGGCAUGGGCCGGCACCUUCAUGAACGCCUGGAACCACGACCUCGUAACGAGUCUCUACCCCAAACAGAUCACCGGGUUCGUCACAACCAUCGACGGCCGUGUGCGUCUCCAGCCGCCCAUCAUAGCCAACCACUACCGCCAACUGGCGGCACGAUCGCCAUCGACCCCCGACGCAGAAAAGCUGUCACAGGCCAUCGCCCUCGCAAAGGCCGACAUCGCAUCGGGCCCCGCGCCGCCCUUCCCCUACACGAAGCCCUCGUUCGGCUACGUCACGCAAUGGCUCUCCGAGCUCGGCCAAACAGACCUGCUCGACGGCCUCCUGGCGUAUGCCGACGCGGAACUCCACCCGACAUGGGAGAACGGCGGGCUGUACUACCCACGCAACGACACGCCCUUCGUCUUCACCACCGGGGACGAAGAUGCCGCCGCCGCCGCCGCCGCCGCCGCCGACGGCGUGAAAUGGACCCACGUGUCCCCGUUCUGUGGCAACGCCGCCAUCGCGUACAGUCGGCUGAACGUCAAAGACGGCCAACGCACCAUGUACGCCCACCCGUGGACGCGCGAACACCUGGCCCGCACGCCCUACGUGGACGGUUUGGAUUUCGCGUCGCCGCAGCACGGCGUGGGUGUCCUUCGCGCCGUCUGGGACGCGGACAACCACGCCCUCGUCCUCACCGUCAAGGGGUGGGACUUUGACGGCCGUAGUCUGUGCCCUUCUCGACAGGUGACCUGUGAGCCGGUGGCGAAGCAGCUCCCCCAGGGGACUUGGGCCGUCUAUGUCAAUGGAAGACUCGGGGACACUGCCGAGAUCAAGGGUGCUGCCGGGGGGGAAGAUAUUUCCGUCAAGUUACAAGUCAGGCGAGGCGAGGAAGUUGAUGUCGUCUUCAUGAGGGUCGGAGCUGUGGCCGAUGGUCAUGCCGACUCGCCCAUCUAG